AUGAGUUUCAGGGAAGAGAAUGAAGAGGGAAGGGAUCUAAAGAAGCCAUUUCUUCAUACAGGAAGCUGGUAUCGUAUGAGUGGAAGACAAUCCAGUUUGUUUGGAUCCACACAAGCCAUUCGUGACUCCUCUAUCUCUGUCUUUGCUUGUGUUCUCAUUGUUGCUUUGGGUCCUAUUCAGUUUGGCUUUACCGCGGGUUAUACAUCACCUACCCAAUCUGCUAUAAUCACUGAUCUAGGCCUCUCAGUUUCUGAGUUCUCUUUGUUUGGUUCUUUGUCCAAUGUGGGUGCCAUGGUUGGAGCAAUAGCUAGUGGCCAAAUUGCUGAGUAUAUAGGGCGCAAAGGGUCUUUGGUUAUUGCAUCUAUUCCAAAUAUUAUUGGUUGGCUUCUCAUCUCAUUUGCUAAAGAUUCUUCUUUUCUCUAUAUGGGAAGGUUGUUGGAAGGGUUUGGCGUGGGAAUAAUAUCUUACACUGUUCCGGUAUAUAUAGCUGAGAUAUCGCCUCAAAACUUGAGGGGAGGUUUGGUUUCAGUUAACCAGCUCUCUGUCACCAUUGGAAUUAUGCUGGCUUAUCUGCUGGGGCUUUUUGUUCAAUGGAGAAUCCUUGCAGUUCUAGGAAUUUUACCAUGUACGUUAUUGAUACCUGGUCUAUUUUUCAUUCCCGAAUCUCCUAGAUGGCUGGCAAAAAUGGGCAUGACAGAAGAAUCUGAAACUUCCUUGCAAGUGCUCCGUGGGUUUGAUACUGAUAUUUCUGUCGAAAUGAAUGAUAUUAAGAGGGCUUCUGCAUCGACAAACAGAAGAACUACAAUUCGAUUUUCAGAACUCAGACAAAGAAGAUAUUGGCUUCCCUUAAUGAUUGGAAUCGGACUGCUUAUCUUGCAACAGCUUUCUGGAAUUAAUGGUGUUCUUUUUUAUUCCAGUACCAUCUUUCAAAAUGCUGGAAUUAGUUCGAGUGAUGUAGCUACAUUUGGAGUUGGUGCAGUUCAGGUUCUUGCCACCAGUCUAACUUUGUGGUUGGCAGACAAAUCUGGUCGGCGGCUUCUACUUAUUGUCUCUUCAGCUGGAAUGACUUUUAGUCUCUUAGUUGUUGCAAUCGCAUUCUACCUGAAGGGUUAUGUGUCAGAGAAUUCUUCUUUAUAUGGUAUAUUGAGCCUAUUGUCGGUGGCUGGAGUUGUGGCCAUGGUUAUUGCAUUCUCUUUGGGAAUGGGAGCUAUGCCAUGGAUUAUAAUGUCUGAGAUUCUUCCGAUUAACAUUAAAAGCCUUGCUGGAAGUGUUGCAACACUUGCCAAUUGGUUCUUUUCGUGGUUGGUUACAUUGACAGCAAAUUUGCUCUUGGACUGGAGCUCUGGAGGAACCUUCACCAUUUAUACAGUAGUAUGCGCUUUGACCGUAGGAUUUGUUUCCAUUUGGGUCCCUGAAACAAAGGGGAAAACUCUAGAAGAAAUCCAAUUGUCUUUCAGAUGAAGUUUUUUCU